GCUUGUAUAGUCAGCCUCCAUAAUUAUAAGCACUCCCAUUGUUUAAAGUAGCAUACUUUGUGCGUGUGCUCACUCAAGCUCUGAGAGCCUAUGAGAUAGACGCAUUUGUUGGUUUCUAGGAGAGAUAAGAAUGCGUGUCUUGUGUGGCUAGUGUGUCGUGAUUGUGUGUUGGGAAGGGUAAAUUGAUAUCAUUGUAACCAUUAACCAUCACUGUGUGUUUUGUUUCUUAUGUGGUUCACAAUGUUAUUGAUUCACCUUGAAACAAAAACCAGCCACAUAUGCUUGUUGAUUCUAACCUCAUCUCAGUGUGUGUAUUUUACAAAUGCUAUCUUCCUCCCAAUCCACUCUCACCCUAUCUCCAUUCAUGGCAUCAUUUCACCAUCUCACAUGUCACGGAGGAGGAGGACGAGGUUACACCAGGCUACAAGGCUCCUAAACAAGUAGACCUCAAGACUCUGCAAGAUCUUGAUGCUGAUGACGAGGCUCUGGUCAAGUACAAGGCCGAGUUGCUUGGCAACACUACUGACGUACUAGAUGAGGGUGGGAACAACGUGGUGCUCAAGACAAUGUCCGUGUCAGUGGAGGGGAGAGAUGAUAUAACCUUGGAUUUGACGGGUGACUUGACGAAGUUCAAGAGCACACCGAUCAUUAUCAAAGAGGGGACAACAUACAGGAUUAAGAUUGGGUUCAGAGUUCAACGUGAAAUAGUAGCUGGUCUUCGCUACUUCCAAGCUUCAUAUCGGAAAGGAAUUAAAGUUGACAAGAGUAACAUGAUGGUUGGCAGCUACGGUCCUAAGACUGAGGCUCAUGAGCACAGAUCUGCACCAGAUGAAGCCCCCUCCGGAGUGAUAGCGCGAGGUCUCUACACUGUUAAGAGCAAGUUCACUGAUGAUGACAAGAACAUCUACCUUGAGUGGGAGUGGACGCUCCAGAUCAAGAAAGAUUGGGCUUGAUGAUUGUAGACCAUGCGCUUGAACAGACUCGUUUGUUGUUGUGUAUGUAGCCUCUAGAUAUAGUAUAAUUAUUAGCUGUCGUUUUGAACUAGUUAACCAUCUUUUUUGUUGGAAUUUUAACGAUGUUGUACAAUGUAAAGUGUUGUAAAUUAAUCAUUGCAAAAACUUC